AUGGAUAUAUCGCGCAGAAAAUCAGGAGUGUCCUACUUCCGUUUUCUUCGCAUUCUAAAAAUAAACAUGGCACCUUCUACGAUUGUCACUUUUAUUUCCCUAUUACUGUUGGUUGUAACUUUGGCUGCGGUAUCAGCCAAAAGUAAAUAUACAUUUGCAACAAUCGAGAGUUGUAGUGGAUGUUCCUUGAAUCGACUUCCGGAUGUCAAGAAAUUUAUAUUCGAGGAUGUACCAAAAUAUAACAAUGUUGAAUUUAAGCAUAUUCAAGGUGCAAGUCCAGAACUUGUCCUUUAUGAUGAGAAUGAAGAGGAGGUGGAGAGAUUAAAUUUAGUAAGCCUUACACGUGAUGAGUGUAAUGAUUUACUCUUAUCUAAAGGUUUUACGAAAUCUAUUCCCAAAAAGGAUGAAAUAUAAUGUCUCAAAUAGAUAUACUUAAACUUUUAUGCUCUUCAAAGAAAUCAAUAUGUAAUUCUGAAUUGCAUUUCUAAUUAAAUAUGGUUAGAAAGCUUCUUAUACAUUUUAUUAAGUUAAAUGAACAUUAAACAAAACAUUUGAAAUGUUCUUCUUUGAUUAUAUAUUGAAAGAAAAUAAUUUAUCAAUAUAUACUAUAUAGAGAGAUAAUAGAGUUUAGCAAUAAUAUUAACUCUGCACAUAAUAAUAGUUACAUAAAGAUUUUUCAAUGCACAAAUUGCUACUUUUCAUUGAAAUAUUAACACGUAGGCAAGGGAAGCAUAUAUUUACCCUUGUGGAGCUACAACCUGUGAUAUGAUUACUAGAACCAUGAAAUAACAAAAUUGUUCAUUGUGGCAUAAUUGGGCUUUUUUGUUGGAAUAAUAUUCUAUUAAUUUUAUGAUUAAAUUUAUUAGAACAUAGCUGACAAAAACAAAUGUAGGUUAUCUAAAUAGUGCAUUUAUGCAAAUAUGCUAACAGCACAAUUAAGUAAUUAUAAUGCAACAAUUUUAUUUUUAAAGUCAGCGCAGUAUAAAAAAAAUAAGAUUGAUUUCACGUUUACUAUCUUUAAAGAUAAAUAUGUAAGUAGUUUUAGUUAGAUUGUACUCUACAAGUAACAAAUGUUACAUAUAAUUUAUUGAAUUUAAUAUUUUGCAACAUUUGUUGCUUUUUUAUGUACUACUUAUCAAUAAAUGAAUUAAAAGAAAUGAGA